AUGCUUUUUGGGAAAGCUUCUCCCAAAUUUUCACUCCCGUCCCCGCGCCACCGCCACUCUUCCUGGGAUUUCCCUCUUCCAUUCACCGGAACCGGACGUCCAUGCACCACCGUCGAAAACGGCAACGCAGACGCCGUCGCCUACUUGCUCGACGCCGACGCGGACGCUACCGCGACGGCAGAGUCUCUCAUGCCACCAGCAAUCAGGUCGGGGAGCCUCGACGUGGUGAAGCUUCUGGAAGCUUCUGGUUGCGAAAUCGUGGAGUCAGUUCUGCACGAGGCCGCGGCAACGGAUCGAAUCGACGUGAUGGAGUUUCUGCUGAAGCAUUGCGACGAGAAGUUGGAGGUGGAUUCGGUGGACUCGGAGGGGAGAACUCCGAUUCACGUGGCGGCGAGGGAGGGGCACGUGAGGGUUAUCGAGUUCUGCGUCUCGAUGGGAGGAAACCCUAAUCGCGUGGACUGUAAGGGGAGGACCCCGCUCCAUUACGCGGCGUGGAAGGGACACGUGAAGGCCGUGGAGUGUUUGUUAGAAUGCUCAGACGUGAAGUGCGUGAAGGACAGGGAGGGGAGAACGGCGUUUUGUGUUGCGGCGGAGAGUGAAGAGUCCAACGCGCGCAGGCGUUUGGUGGAUUUGCUGGGGUUGGGCGACGCGCUGAUGCGUGCGGUGAGGGUUGACGAUGUUCAGGGCGUGAAGAGGUGUUUGGGGGAAGGGGCGAGUGUGAACGGGAGGGACCAGAACGGGUGGACCCCACUGCAUUGGGCUGCAUUCAAGGGUCGAAUAAAGAGCGUGAAGGUGCUGCUUGAACACGGUGGUGAGGUUGAUACUGUGGAUGAUGCUGGCUACACUCCCCUGCAUUGUGCUGCUGAGGCAGGGCAUUUGCAACUUGCCCUCUUCUUGAUCACUCAUGGUGCUUCUCAAUCACAUCUCAAAUCCUUUCCCUAUCUUGCAGCUCACCCUCUUCACUUUUUCGACUCUUUCCAAAAUCAGGUUUCUCUUCCUUCUAAAUCUAACACACUCAUGUAUCACUGAAUCCAAAUCUCUGUUUUGUGUAUAUAUUAUGUGUAGUGUGGAAUCUUCCUUGGUGAUUGCUUGGUU